AUGGGAAAUAGCAAUAUUACAUAAACUUGUAAUUAAGACAUUUCAUAAUCUUGUCAAUAAAACUCAGGUCUUACAUAACAAGAAAUUGAGGGUAUCAAAAAUGUUUUUAAUUCUCUUGACCCAAAGGUAUUAAUUUAAUAAAUACAUUUAGAAUGGAGUUAUUAGCACUGAAACUUUAAGAAAAUUAUAUAGAGAUUCAUAUGAUGCUCCAAAAUUAAAUGAUUAAAUUGGAAAUAGAGAAACCUUAACAUUCUAAGAGUUUUUUGAAGUUAUGCGAAUUAAUAUGUUGGAAAAGAAGAAAAACUUUCCUAAUGUUGAAUUCAAUGAUAUUGAUGGAAAUGUUUAAUUAUGUUUCUGUUAACCAUGAU